GUAGUGGAACAGACUAUAAGCGUUGUGAAUUGAUUUCUUGCAGGAAAAAGUUGAAGAUUAUUUCAAUAAAACCAGGCAAACAAUCGCGGAAAAGGCAUUAAUUGCCUUCAAUAAUGAUGCAGUCCACGAAAAGCGAAACCGCUUUGCAGGAAAGCUCAACGGAAUAUGUUGAUUUAUCUGACUACUGUAGGCUGUGUCUGCAAGUGCCAGAGGAGUCUCAAUUACUUGAUCUACAACUUAUUUACGAUGAAGAAGAGAAUCUUAGCUACUAUGAUUGCUUCACCGUUUGUACGCAAAUAGAUUUACACGCUGGUGGUGUUAAUGCGCCUCAUCAGCUAUGCAAGUCAUGUGGCUUGGAGUUGCAGGUGGCAUAUGAUUUUCACAAAAAAGUGGAGGAGUCUAAGAAGUUCUUAAUGCAGUUGAAUAAAACGGAACAACUAGAUGAAGAAUUCCUUUCGACGUCUCCGCCAAUUGCAAAAGAAAGGUAUGAAAAUAGUGACGUUACGACGCCUAUGCAAAUUGAAAGUAACAUACAAACAGUGACCGAAGACGUGGUCGAGCAGGCUGAAGACAAAACAAAUGAUCGACAACUCAUACUAGCGCUACAUGUUAACGAUGCUGCAAAUGAAAACGAAAUAGCUAAUAGUCAAGAGAUUAUUGCUGGCCACUUGGCGACGCCUAUAGAAUAUGAAGCGUUGGAAGAACAUAUCGAAAUGGAAGAUUAUCAAUCGGUCGACGAGCUGGUCGAUGAAGACAUCGAAAAGGAUCAGCAUAUCGCCGCAUUCAAGAUUGAAAAAGAAGAGCCUGUAAUUUUACCUAUAAAAAUGCACGCCAACGAAUCGCCGAAAAAACCAACAAUACUUGUAAAUCUAGCACCGCCAUCGGAUGAGGAUGAUAUUAAUUUAAAGGAAUACCUCUUUGAAAAUCAAGAUCUAAUUCCGAAAGUCGAAGAUCAAUUCGAUACGAUGCCACGAAAGCGUGGACGCCAUCCACUUAUCCCUGGUGGACCGCCAUAUCAGUGUGAAUAUUGUGACCAUAUGAGUCCAUCGCGACAGCGCUUGGCAUCACAUCGACAUCGUAAACAUCGCUUCAAUAAGCCAUCUCAUAAAUGUGAUGAAUGUAGCAAAGAAUUUUCAACGAAGCAACAACUGGAACGCCAUCGGCAGCGUAUUACCUGCCAAACUUAUCCCAUCUUCAAGUGUGAAUUUUGCGAGAAAACCUGUAUUGGCCGAGCGAACUAUCAGAUACAUUUGCGCUUCCAUAAGAAAAUUUAUCCAUUUGUUUGUCACAUAUGCGCUAAGUCAUUUAUGUUGGCGACGCAUCUCACCAACCAUGUAAAAACGAAACACGAGGGACAGCGCUUCAUUUGCGAACAAUCAGGUUGUGGGAAAAUGUUUCAAACAUCGCAUGCGCUUAAGAAUCACACAUAUACGCAUGUCAAGCAAUUGCCCUAUCGCUGUGACUACUGCCAGCAUGAUUUCCCAACCAAGGGCAGAUUGCGUUGGCACAUAAGCAGAGUACAUGCCAUUGAUCAUACUCUCGAAGAGCUGGAUUGUAUGUUGGUUGCCAAAGAGAUUGAGCUGAAAGCACAGUUGCAGCCUGCAUUAGAACCUGACUCCAGUGCACAGAUUGAAGAGAUUAAUGCUGAUGAGCUUGCAGACUACUGAUGCUGCUAAAAUAAAUAUACUCCAGUUACGGAUGUGAAACAUUUUAUCAUAAGUAGCGCAAUUUUCGAUAAAGAGAAAAAUGAAAUAUUUAAUAUUUAUUUGGAUUUUCUCAAUUUGUCCUGAGUUUACAUUUAAAAUAAAUGCGCUAGAUGACACAUAACUGUGUGUAGAAUAAUAUUAAAUAUUAAUUUUAAUUAUAUAGAUUUGCCUAAGUUUAGUUUUUGCUCUACCGGCAUAAAAACUGCUGAGGUUACUUAGCCAGAAACUAUUUUGGGUCGCUCUGAUAGCUUACACCCGACUGUCGUGUGAGUCUCCAGUUUUAGUUUUAUUUGUUUAAUUUUUAACCGACUUCACUAAAAGGAGGAGGUUAUCAAUUCACCGGAAUAUUUUUUUUUUGUCUGUAUGUUGCUGCAUAACUUUGGACCGCCUUAGCCGAUAUCUAGAAUUCCUUUUUGUAAGGAAAGGUGUUACCUCACAGGCGGUCCCAUACUAAUUUGGUUUAAAUCCGAUCAUUGGAUCAUGAAGAA